AUGAGUGGGCUGUCGGAUAGUGAGCCGGUCCGAAAACGACUGAGGCGAGAGGUCGAUGUUUCUACCGGCGGACAGAAAUCAACACAAGCACCUAGAAACUGUGACCGAGAAAAAGCGCCGUUCACAGACACUCAACUCAAAGCGAGCACCGAAGGAAAAAGCAUUCCUGUGUUUGUUAACAAAGCAGACGGCAUACCAAAAGAUGCAGACAAAGAAGCAAAUGAAGAUGAAGAGAAACAGUUGACUAGGCCUGAAGUUUCGGACUACUCCAGACAGGCCAGACUGCACAGUGUCACCUCAGGGAGUGAAUGUGACAUCAGAUCCAUACGAAUCAAACAGAGAGGCCAACCAUGCAACCAGAAAGCACAAAGAUCUCUUGACAGUUGGCUCGUAAAGAAGCCAAGCACUGUCCUUGAGAAGUCUCAACCUGACCAAAGCGAAGAGAUUGAAUCUUGUCAGGAUGUGGAGAUGUUGACUUCUGAGAGCUCUGACUGCUUUUUGUUAACCUCUCCAUCUGAUCCUAAAAAUGAAAGUCAGACCUGCACUAAGCCUGAAGUGACCUCACCCCCAUCAGACGAAGAAUUAGAAACCAAGCCUCCGAGCCCAUUCAUUGUUGAAGACAAGUUAACCGCUGGAGAAACUGUAGAGUCUGUUGGAAAAACAGAGAAAAGUGAGAGCCAGGAAGAAUCAGUUAAUCCAGAGGGAGACUCUGAUUGGUUAAAAGGGCCACAGAGACAAGGAAGGAAAAUCACAGACUUUUUUUCAAGAACUCAGACACAAUCCCCAUCUGUGAGCGGCCGUGGUGGUCCCCCAGCUGGGAUUACGUGGCUGGGCACCCCAAUCAGUGAACUGAGACGAAUACCCCAGUGUGGCUAUCCUCAGCCCCCUGUGAUGAAAUCAGACAGUCACACUGUUUUGAUAUGGAUGAACUCUAUGAGGACUGGGGGGGAUUUAGUGCCUUACCCUCCUGCUAAAGACCGCUGUGAUAUCUGGGAUGACUGGCACGUGAAAAUGCCUUGUUCUGACAAGAAUCUCUUAGCAGCAGCUCAGAGUCGGUGGAGUCUGAUUCAGAGGGCCUUGAGUAGCUCUUUCCACCACUCAAGUGAUGUGAAGGGGGCUAUAUUGACAUACAAUGCAGGACAUGCGAAGAAAUGGGACUUUACAGCACUACAUUCCUUCUGUCGUGAUGGUCUGUCACCAUCUGAGGCAAAUCAUCUGUUUUCUCACCUUCUUCCUGCUAUGGCAAAGUUAGCGCUGAGUGCCAGCAAGCUGUUUACCCAGCCAAUCCCUUUGCUGAAAGCUGAGAGGAGCCACACUAUCACCCUAUCACAGGAGCAGGUGUCCUGUCUGUUGGCCAAUGCCUUCUUCUGCACCUUCCCACGACGCAGUUCCCGCAAGAACGAAUACUACAAUUACCCCGAUAUCAAUUUCAGCAGAUUAUUUGAGGGGAAUUCUCAUAGGAAGCGGGAAAAACUAAAGACACUCCUAUGGUACUUUAAAAAAGUUACGAGUCAAAAACCAACCGGUGUCGUAACAUUCAAAAGACAAUGUCUAACUAAGUUUCCAAAAUGGGAAAGCUCAGAGAAGCUGCUUACUAAACUGCACAUCACGUGUGAAGGCACUAUUGAAGACGAUGGCUAUGGGAUGCUUCAGGUUGACUUUGCCAAUCGGAUGGUCGGUGGAGGAGUAAUUGGCUCAGGCCUGGUGCAGGAAGAAAUUCGUUUCCUCAUCAACCCUGAGCUCAUCGCCGCACGGCUUUUCACCGAAGCCCUCGAAGACAACGAGAGUCUGAUCAUUACAGGAAGUGAGCAGUACAGUAAAUAUACUGGAUACUCAGACUCCUAUAAAUGGGCUGGAGACCAUGAAGACAAGAUUCUAAGAGAUAGGUGGCAGAGAAGAUGUACAGAGAUUGUGGCCAUAGAUGCACUGCAGGUCCGGAGCUUCACACAACAGUUUCACCCACAGAAAAUGACCCGAGAGCUCAACAAGGCUUACUGUGGUUUUGCACGUCCAGGAGUGGACAGCCAAUACCUGGCUGCUGUGGCUACAGGAAACUGGGGCUGUGGAGCUUUUGGGGGUGAUGUUGAGCUAAAAGCUCUUCUCCAGAUCCUGGCGGCUGCGGAGGCAGGUAGAGACGUGGCAUACUUCACAUUUGGAGACCGUGUCCUGAUGGGCAAGAUCCAUGAAAUACACUCCCUCCUCACUCAGAGAGGCCUUACUGUCGGAAAGAUUUAUAAACUGUUGGAGCAAUACUACGACAGCGUGUGUAAAGACUACUUUGGCCACAGACCCUCCAUCACCCUCUAUGCCUUCCUGCACCAGCGUCUGGGUUGUCUCCAAGCGAGAAAGCAGGACGUUAAUUCUGACGUUUACACCAGUGACGAGUCAGAGUGACGCUGUGUCCCUGAAGACUUCCAGAGAUGUCAACCAGGGACCCUAUCCCUCUCACCCCCACUCUUCACUCCCCUUUUUCACCCUCCGUCUGUCCGUCCGUCCUUCCCCCGUUUCUCCUCUCGUUCGUGGCU